AGUUGUGGGUCCCUGAUACUGAGGGCCAUAGCAACCUACCGCACUGCACAUCACUAUCCCCUACCCCGGUGCUUAAUGAGGCCUGGCAGCAUUACCUGCUCUCGGCGAGGUCUCCUCUUGAUAAGGGGAGGCAGGAAUCAAAGUGAUAUCACACCCUGCACUCUCCACUCACACAGAGCGCUCUCACAGCCCCGGAACAGAGGCAGCAGCCGCCUGGCAGAGACAAAAGGGAGCAUGAGAAAUGGGGAAGAUGGUGAGAGAAUGAAAGUUUGUGAAAACAAUAGGAAACCUAAGAGGCAAGGAGUGCCAUUGGAAUUGGAAAACAAUGUAAGGAACAGAGAAUGGAAUUGAUGUAGCGGAGCAAUCAGAGGGAGAAAAUGGGGAUUGGUGAAAAGACGUGGGAUUAAUGGGUGUAAUGGAGCAGAGGCACAUAUGAUCAAGUAUCAGACAUGGGGGGCACAAAAUGAAAGUUUGGGGUUAGAAAAUUGUGUCAAGGAUGGGAGAGAAAUGUGGGAUGUUUAGAAGGAGUGUGGAAUGUAACAGUUGUGAAGGUCACCGUAGAGGCUCACAUGAGUGUGUUGGGGAGGCAAAGUUUGACAGACAAUAGAGGAGAUAAUGUGGAGAAGAAAAGGUGGGUGGAGUAUGUUGUAAAGAGCACCAAAGGAGGUGGGGGAAAUCCAAAACUGUAUACAAACAAAAAUAAAUGCUUGCACCAUAUAAAUAAAUCUUUCAAACACAUACAUAUUAACAUGUUUCAAUUACACUCCUCCUUCACAUACACGCGAUGACACAGACUUCAAAUACACCCCUCGUUCACACACACUGAGACAAAUUUCGAAUACAGUCAUAAUUUACACAUGCCACUGCUUUACACUCCUCACAGUUUCAAUCCUAAAGUCACACAACACUGCUCAGAUGUACUCCUUUGUUUAAACAUAGACAAUAAACACAACUCUGUCCCUGAAUUCAUACACAGACUCUGCACACUAAUGUACUUUGGAAUUGGCACACCAAUAGUUCCUUGUAUUCACAUGCAUAGGGCCUCAACAAAAUUACAGCGCAGCGUUCACAGAUACUAUGCAUUAAAACACCCUUUACAUUUACCUGUCUACAUUCCAUACAGAUACCCCUGCUUCCACAUACAUCUAUUAUACUCUUUUGAAGAAUAUUGUGUUCACACUGGAAGAAAGAAGAUUUCGCCUAAGGCAAAGGAAAGGUUUUUUUUACUGUAAGAACAAUCAGGAUGUGGAAUUCUCUGCCUGAAGAAGUGGUUUUAUCAGAGUCCAUACAGAUGUUCAAACGGCUACUAGAUGCAUACUUGCAAGAACAGAAUAUUCAAGGAUAUAAUCUUUCAAUAUAGGGUAAUAACUGCUUGAUCCAAGAAUAAAUCUGACUGCCAUUCUGGGGUCAAGAAGGAACUUUUUCCUAGCUAAUUGCAAAAUUGUGCUUCAAACUGGGUUUUUUUGCCUUCUUUUGGAUCAACAGCAAAAAACAAAUGUGAGGUAGGCUGAACUUGAUGGACGCAAGUCUCUUUUCAGCUAUGUAACUAUGUAACUUUAAUACACUACAUGCAAAUAAAUCUGUCACUACACAUAUACUUUAAGAUUGAUGCACAUCAACAUUACACACACAACCAUCUCUAUGUUGACACAUAGAAUGGUAAUAUUAAGUCACUUGCAAAUACAUGAUUGCUUUAAUACAUUUGCAGCAGACAAGAAUACAUUCCUCCAUUCACUACAUUCAAAUGCAUACAUGUAGUUACACAAUAAUGUUCAAUACUCAUAUGCAUUCAUACUGACACUAUGUACAAAAAAAAAUCACAUGCAUCCAUCCAGACAAUGCACACAUGCAUUCACACAGAUUUUACGUAAUAUCAAAUACAAACAUGCAUUUAUACACAGGUCUUCACACUGUAUACAUCCAAAAGAAUACAGUAUUACAUGAGAUACAUUUAACAUUAUUUCCCAUGUAUUUGGUCAUCAAAGGACAUGGAUCUAAUUUUGCCCCGGGGCCCCAAAAGCGCUCACUCUGUCUCUGUUAAUGGAUAUUAAUAGUAAUUUUAAGCUAAAAGCUGCUAUGCUAGCUAGAUAUUGCAAUGCAUAAAGUAUUGAGCACUUCGAAUAAACUAUAUAGUCAUUGAACUUUUUUUUUUUUUUAAGAGCAGUGUACACAAUAAAUGUAUUUUGUCUUUUUUUUUUUUUUUCAGUCGGUGUAUGUCACUGGUAACGAACACAUCAUUGAUGGAGGCUGGAGCCUAUAAGUCAUAUCAAGAUGGAUACUUGUUCUGCCUAGAAGCACAUAUGGGCUAUACUUCUUAAAACUGCAGUACAAAAGUUGCAUGUUUUUAAAAAAAAAAUCUAUUUUAGAAACCCUUUUUAAAAAAAAUAAAAUAAAUUUAAAUCAAUGACAUCCUGCCAUUAAAAAUGAUUAAAAUAGUUGCACUCACAAAUUA